GAUGCACCCAACUGCACCCAAAUAGCGACUACCAGUUAUCAGCGUCCAAUGUGGUCUAUUGCUUGUCAUAAUCGCGUCGAGGAAAUUCGUAUCGAAAGAUGUAGACUGUGAUAUUGUGUUGUUAAGAAAUCGAAGUAUUAAAACGUCAUUUGAUGCAACGUAAAUAUGUUCGCGUCAAUAAACUCUCCGUUCAGUCACUGCCAUUGACUUGUAACUAUAACCUUACGAUGUGGAAUAUCGUCAACUUGGCGAUACUUCUUUGUUACUUCAGCAGAAGCGUUGCAGCCUCGUUUUGUUAUCCAGACUACUGUCAAAACACGACGAGAUUAGCUCCCAUACACGGUUUCCAGUGUGUACUCACAAACGUUCAAAGGGGUGGAGAUUGUUCUAACCUCACCUUCGAAAGUAAGACCCAUGAAGCGCCUAAAGAUGAUACAACCAAAUUUAGUCUACGUACUUAUGUGUUCAAAAAACCUCUUCGAGGAUCUAUUCAAGAAGUCAAAGUUACUGCAUUUAAUUUAAGCAUUACCGAUGCAAAUUUUCACCGGUUAACCACAAUUUACCGAAGUUUGCUGGAUGAAAAUGAGUUGGCUUGUAGACGUAUAGACCUUUAUGGGAAUCAAACUGAUCCUGCUCCAAAAGAGUUAUACGUUUCCUGUCCGUUCUCAAAUGAUUCUUACGAAUCCCUUCCUUACAGACUAGAUUAUUUAGUGACUGGGAAAACAUACAACUAUAGCAAACAAUAUAUUUUCAAUGUACCUGUGCAUAAAUUUAUCGAAGAAGGCAUAAGCAUAAAAGAAUACACACCAUUUGUAUAUAUUGAUGUAUCUCAUGCGCCUCUUCACUUGUUACACAUUCAAUCAAUGCCAGAAUCAUAUAAUGUUACAAAAUACAGAAUUCGAUUGGUAAACAACAAUACGAGUUCGAUUAUUUUCUCAACGACAAGUGAACGAAAUAUCUCGUAUGACUUCACUGGACACACUGGUGUGUUUUAUUUUAAAGUCUCUGCUAUACAUCCACUUUGCGGCGAAAAUGAGUGCGCGAACAGUACAACGCCAUUCAUCAUUAUACAGAAACCGUCUCACCGUCUUCUCAUUAUGAUCAUCAGCACUGUAUGGAUACCGCCGGCGAUCCUUUGCGUGCUUUACCUCAUUUACAAAUUUUAUAGAAGGGGGCUGAAAGGGAGAAGAAAACCUAAUUGUUUGUUAGUUUAUUCACCGACGCGCCUAACACAUAUCAACGCGAUGAUCGAGCUGGCCAAAUAUUUGAGAAAUUCUAACGUUGCUGUGAUAGAUAUGGUCGAUGUCACGGAUACCACGAGAAAAGAUACCGAAGAUUGCUGCAGCAGUGCAUUCCGAAGCGCAGACGUUGUUCUUGUAGCAACUUCUCCGCCGCCUAAACAGCCUGCCGUGUCGUUCAUUUAUCGAGACAACGAUAAUUAUUUUUUAAGAUUAGUCAAAGAAAAUCAGUUCCAAAAAGGAAAGAGGUACUACAUCGUGCAAUUACCAUACUGCACGCAGAACGACGUGCCCGAGGAAACGAGGCACUUGAAGAGAUUCUGUUUGCCCAAAGAGCUACCCAAACUAGUGAAAGUUAUUCACAAAAUAAAAAAUUCGAGAAGGGUUACCGUGUGCGAUAAGGAAUUUUUAGAUAGCGUAAAGUUAGCGAAAUUGGAGAUACUCGGGGAAGACGCGAGUAUGACGAAAGAAACACGAGAAACCGAAAAUCUUCUAAUGUCGGAAAGCGAGCAAAUUUCAGACACACAGAAUUCCGUGGCGACGGUAUCCGAAGGUGGCGUCAUACCUCAAUCCUUCGCGACCAAUAUCGACGAGUUGAAUUUGCUCGGGGAGACCGGAGAGGGUGGAGAAUCGUUAAUUUAUAAAUCACCGUCGAGCAAUGACUGCACGUUCCGCGUCGACGAAUUAAACUUGUGAUUUUAUACUUUUCAGUACUUUUUUUGUUAACGUCCAAGAACAAAUUUAUCUUGCGUAAGACUGUUUUUAAAGAUGUAGAAUAUCUUAUACCUGUAUUGACUCAAUAAACGAGACAACUUUUCGUCGCUGUACAA